UAAGUAGGGAGAAAAAACGCUCUUUGUGUAUGUUAUUCACCAUCGUCUUCACCAUUCUCUGCAAACAAAACUUUAUUCCUCCUCCUCAUCCUCCUUCUCAGUAACAACAAUCACAGAAAAAUAUCAAAAUGGUUUCAUAAUUCUCUCUCUCUUCCUUUUUUUCUUCUGUUAACGAUGGUCAAGAUUAUAAUUUUUUAAGAUAAAAAAUCGUCUUUUGUUUUCGGGGUUUGUUGUGAAACCCAGAGGAACAGAGAACGGAAGAGAACAAAUAACAUCUCUAUCAUAAAAGAGUGCUAAAUUCGGAUCCGGGUCGGGUGGGUUUUGGUUUGUGGUGUCGGAUCAGAGACGCGGGUGGAUGUUAGCGACGGAACUAGCGACUUCCGUUUGCGGCUACGGCGGCUGUGACGGUGUUUGUGGUUCCUCGUCUUCAAUCAAUCAGGAGUUUCAUCACAGUUUAAGCAAAGACUCAGUCAACUUCUCGGAUCUUAAAUGUCUGGUUUUGAUGAAAACGUCGCUGUAAUGGGAGAAUGGGUUCCUUGUAACCCUACUCCGGGAACGCUUUUCUCCUCGUCCAUUGGAGAAGACAAGACCUCUAAACGUGUUCUCGAAAGAGAGCUAUCUUUGAACCACGGUCAAGUCACCGGUUUACAAGAAGACAUUACUGGCAAUAAUGAUAACAACAAUGAUUCUUCACAGAACAACAACGUUUCAAGAGGUGGUUUAAGAGAAAGAAUCGCUGCUCGUGCUGGUUUCAAUACUCCCAAGCUUAACACUGAGAACAUCCGCUCUAACGCCGGCUUUUCCAUGGACUCUUCUAGUCUUCGUUCUCCUUGCUUAACCAUCUCUUCUCCUGGUCUUAGCCCUGCAACGCUCCUGGAGUCUCCUGUCUUCCUCUCUAACCCAUUGGCUCAACCUUCUCCAACUACAGGGAAGUUUCCAUUUCUUCCCGGUGUUAACAGUAAUGGAUUGUUCUCUGAUAAGGCGAAGGACGAGUUCUUUGAUAACAUUGGAGCAUCAUUCACCUUCCAACCUGUGUCAAGAUCCUCUUCCUCUUUCUUCCAAGGCGGAGCGACGGAGAUGGUGCCAGUUGAUUAUGGUAGCUACAACAACAGAUCUUCUCAUCAGACCCCGGAAGAUGUAACUAAAAACGUAGGUUACACUGGCCAGAAGAGGAAGACGUCUGAGACCGUUGAUCACCAAGAAGAAGAAGAAGAAGUCGAAGAGGAGCAAAGACGUGGUGGUGAUUCGAUGGUUGGUGGUGCACCUGCAGAGGAUGGAUACAACUGGAGGAAGUACGGACAAAAGUUAGUUAAAGGAAGUGAGUAUCCACGAAGCUAUUACAAGUGUACUAACCCGAAUUGUCCGGUGAAGAAGAAGGUUGAGAGAUCAAGAGAAGGUCACAUUACUGAGAUUAUAUACAAAGGAGCUCAUAAUCACUCCAAACCUCCACCUAAUCGCCGCUCUGGAAUGCAAGUAGAUGGAACUGACCAAGCUGAACAACAGCAGCAGCAGCAGAGAGAUUCUGCUCCAACGUGGGUUAAUUGUAAUAACACUCAACAACAAGUUGAGAGCAAUGAGAACAAUGUUCAAGAGGGAUUCGAAUAUGGAAACCAAUCUGGAUCGGUUCAAGCUCAAACUGGUGGAGGUCAGUUCGAGUCAGGUGAUGGUAAUGGUGGUGUGGUUGUGGUGGAUGCUUCAUCGACAUUCUCUAAUGAAGAAGACGAAGAUGAUAGAGGGACUCAUGGGAGUGCUUCCUUGGGUUAUGAUGGAGGUGGUGGUGGUGGAGGAGAAGGAGAUGAAUCCGAAUCCAAAAGAAGGAAACUUGAAGCAUACGCUGCAGAGAUGAGUGGAGCAACAAGAGCUAUACGUGAGCCAAGAGUCGUUGUUCAGACAGCGAGUGAUGUUGACAUUCUCGACGAUGGCUACCGCUGGAGAAAAUACGGACAGAAAGUUGUCAAAGGAAACCCAAACCCAAGGAGUUACUACAAAUGCACAGCUCCUGGAUGUACAGUGAGAAAACACGUGGAGAGAGCUUCUCAUGAUCUCAAAUCCGUUAUAACCACUUACGAAGGCAAACACAACCACGACGUCCCCGCCGCACGCAACAGCAGCCACGGCGGCGGUGGAAACGGUAACAGCGGCGGUUCAGCCGCUCAGCCCCACCAUUACCAUGAGCAGCCGCGUGGCAGAUACGAGAGACAGCUCACGGCCAGCAAUCAUCAGUCUCCGUUUGGGCGUCCGUUUAGCUUCCAGCCGCAUUUGGGACCUCCUUCCGGUUACUCGUUCGGUUUAGGACAAACCGGUUUGGCUAAUCUUUCGCUACCUGGUUUAGGGUUUGGUCAAGGGAAAUUACCGGGUUUGCCUCACCCGUAUAUGACUCAACCGGGUGGGAUGAGUGAAGCGAUGAUGCAUAGAGGGAUGGAGCCGAAGGUGGAACCGGUUUCGGAGACGGGACAAUCGGUUUAUAACCAGAUCAUGAGUAGAUUACCACAGAUUUGAAGAUUUACUUGCUCUCUUCUCCUUUUCUUUUGCAUUUGCUUGGGGGCUUACAAGUUACAAUAACUUUUAAUUUCUAUUUCUGUUUCAUUUUCUUUAUUAUAUUUGUUUGAAACCUUGGGGAGGAAGGUAAAGGCUAUUUCUAUUUUCAUUCCUUAGUUUUUGUCUUCUUUUUAUUUUGCUUGAGCUUUUUUGGAUGUCUUUUUUAUAUUAGACAUAACAUAAUUCAACACA